AUGGCGGAUUCUCAUCCUUCGACAACCAGCUGCAACAGCAAGAACGACAAAAAUGAAAAUAACAACAACAACAUGAACCAAACCCUCCUUCAGCUGAACGACUACAAGCUUCCGGUCGAGAUCACCAACCACAUCAUUUCCUUCUUCGUGCCUGAAGCGGGACUCUGCAUCUCCAACGACCCGGACUACGAUGCCGACUUGGACACCAUUCGUGCCUUACUGAAGACGAACCUCUCCGUCAAGCAAGAGAUGUUGAGACUGAUAUUCCACAAACCCCUGAAUAUCUACAUCACCAAUGGGAAGAGAUGUGGUUGUCGCCAACAGGAAGAGUUUCACCCGCUGAACCGCCUGGCGUUCCUCCCUUUGGUCAGAUGGAACGAGGUCAAAGUCUACUUCGCACCAAAAGAGCUCGAGUUCCCGGCACACCCUGGGAUGAGGACUUGCGGGUCCGCCUGGAGCUCUGACAAAGACUCUGAUAUUGAUUCAGCAGAACUGGCCCAAGCUGUGAAGUGUGUUGCCGAUCAGUCAAGUGCCCUUGGAAACGACCUGUUGAACCUGAGAGGGUCCAGUCUCCGAACUCGCGCUGUCAAUUUCAAAUUUUUCUUUGAGCAGCUACAAGGCGGCGACUCUGUCUGGCACCUGGACUUGGUCAAUUGCAUGCUGCAACGCUGGGAUUGGACCGUGGCUGACCAUUCUGGCGACAGCCCUAGCCGACCGGAGCUGCCACACCAGGUGUAUGUAGACAUCUCUAUGUUGGAUCUCGCACGUCUUUGGAGGGGCCAGCCCACCUUGAAUCAAUGCCGCCACGUGUGUCUCGCAAGUCAGCACAAAUUCCUGUCCACACCGCUCGGAUGGGUGAGAGGCAUCGUAUGGAAAAAUAGGUCAGCAACCACAGACGGAAAGGGCGCGCGGAUUAUCGCCUGUGUAUAUCUACGUGACCACGACUAUCAACAUACCCGGGACACAAACCCUUGA